AUGGCAGCUACUCAAAGGACGGGUAAAACCGAAGAACUUGGUUCGAAGGAACUUUCAACAAAGCCUAAAUUAUCAAGCAAGGUUUCCGUCCUUUCUGCGGCACGUAUGUUUGAAACCAUGGCCGGUCCUUCAGUAAAGGACAAAUCAGCAAAGUUUGAAACCAAGGGAACAUUUAGGAACAAUGAAAAUUCAAUAGGGGCAAAAUUUGAACGUAAAAAUCUUAAUAAAGGAUUUGAAAAAGAUUCUGCCAUCGACCUGACGAAAAAUUCAGAACAACCUCAACCUACUAGUACUGAAGCAUUAUUGGCUCGUAUCUCUGCUUUAGAGGAUGAUAUAGUAACUGUGGGAAAAGAAUUGGAAGAGAAACAAGCUACCACAGCCCCUUCACAGAAUAGAGAAAGUCAAAGUCGACAUGAAGCUGAAGAUGAUAAUAUCAAAAGAUCAUCUUCUGACACAAAAUCUUCAAGACAAUUUUCAGACAGGAAAUAUAAUGAUGAGGACCUAGAGAAAGCAAGACAAGAAUUAACAAGUGAACAUUGGAGUGAAUUAGAGAGAACAAGAAAAGAACUUUCUGAACAAUUUAAAGAGAAUGAAGAAAGGAUUCGUAUGGAAUUAAUUAAAUCACAUAGAUAUCAAAAUGAGGAGCUAAAGAAAGCAUGUGAUGCUGAAAGAGAUAGAAUAAUUAUAGAAAAAGAGAAAUUAAAUGUAUUAAAAGAGCAAGCAGAAAGUGAAUUGAUAGAAUUUAAAGAAUACACUGAGAAUGAAAAACGAACUAUGAAGCAAGAUCAUGAGAGGGAAAAGGAAUUAUUAAGGGAAGAACAUGAAAAACAGUUGAAAAAUAAUCUUUCAAAAUUACAAACCGAAGCCGAAUCUAAACUUAAUGAAAUAAUAAAACAAAACGAAAUUGAAAAAAAUACGCUUCUUCAAGAACUCAGAAAUAAAUUAGAUAAUAAAGAAAAUGCAGUUUUGGCGUCAGAAGAAUUACAUGGGAAACUAAACGAUGCUAAUAAUGAAUUGUCUAAUUUACGUCUCAAAUUAUCCGAUCGGGAUACAGAGGUUAACAAAGUUAAAGAAAGUUAUGAGAAAUUGGAAAGUUUAAUAUCGGAUAAAGAGGAGCGAAUUCAAAAACUGGAGAGCCAACUUGAGAAUAUUCGAACAGAAGGAGACGAGAAGAUUAAACAGAAAAAUAAAGAGCUUCUUGAAUUGGAAGAUUGUCAUAAAAAAGACCGCGAAGAGGCGAUUGCUACAUUACGUGCAGAAUUGACAUCAUCACAUGAGCAAGCUCUUGGGAAACUUCAAGAACAGCUUGUUAAAGUAAAUGAAGAACGCGAGCGUUUCAUUAAGCAAGAAAUGGAAAAGGGCCGCUCUAAUGAAUUCGAAUCAAUACAAUCACAAUUGAAGGAAGAACAUGAAGCAAACAUGGCCGAAUUAAUGAAUAAGAAUGAAACUCUUGAACGUAAACUUUUGGAAAGUGUUAAAACUAUAGAAGAUACCAGUCGUCGCCUUGAAUCUGAGGAAAAAUCUUAUUCGGAACUCAACACGAAAUAUAAGCAGUAUGUUCAAAAAAAUCUGCAAUUGUCGGAUGACCUCAUAAAAUUACGCAAAGAAGUUGAAGAACUUGAACAAAAGAAUGAGACAUUGGAAAAAGAAAAGGAGAAACUUAAUUCAGAAACACAACAAUUAACUUCAGAAUUAGAUAACGCUAAAGAAGAAUCGCAGCGUUUACAUGAGGAGGGUUUAACGAUGAAAGGUGAAGUUGAGGAAUUAAAGGGAGAACGUAACAAGUUAGCAGGAGUUAUAUCGAUUAUGAAGGAAAAAUGGGAGAUUCAAUAUAGAAAUUUAAGGGAAGAAUUUCAACAAUCACAAAUGGAAAGGGUUACUUUACUUUCCCAAGUAACUGAUUUACAGGAUGAAAAUCUUAACUUAAAAUCAUUUUCUAGAGAUUCUGAACAAAUAUCCGAAGAGUUACAAAUUACCAAGAAGCAAAAUGAAGCUUUCUCAAAAGCUUUGGAAGAACAACAAAGUGGAAUGCAAACUUUAAUGAAGGAUAUGGCUUCUGCUCGUGAGGAAUGGCGACAAAAAGAAGCAGACAUUAUUUCUCAUUACGAGUCUAUUGAAUCUGAAUUAAAGAUGAAAGAAUCUGAGUUGGAUAUCCUACGUUCCGAAAAACAAGCCAUGGAACAAAAAAUUAUUGCCGUUGGUAGGGAAAAGGAGGCAGCAGUAAUUAAAGUACGCGAAUUGGAGAUUGAAAAGACAAAAAUUGAAGGCGAUUUGUCAAACAUAUCGAAAGAAAAUAAUGGAAGAUCAAGUCAGUUUGCAGAUGCCAAGAAACAGUUGGAUAGGUUAAAUGAACAAGUUAAAGAUUCAAUUCGAAUAAAAGAAGAAGAUGAAUCACGUAUUCUUCAUCUUAUUAAGGAAAAGGAAGAAUUAGAAAAUAAAUUAUCCAAUGGUUCUGGUGUACAAAGUGAUGAUGAACUUACAGCUAAGCUAAAUAAGAUUGAAAUUGAAUACGAGAAGAAAGAAACGGAAAUAUGUCAAUUGGAAACAGUCAAAAAACAAUUGGAAACGCGUAUCGAAAGUCUUGAAGCAUCAACAUAUCGUCUUACAACAAAAUUGAAAGCAGCCGAAUUAGAUGCUGAACAGACUAGACAAAGUGCAGAUAAUCAAGUACGUGAGCUUCAAAGCCGCCUUUCUAAUUCGCAGGUUGAAAUUGAACAACUACAUGGUCAGGUUACAGAACUUCGACAAGAACUGAUCGAAAAGGAACAUAUUGUAGAAACGCAUAAAAGAAGUUCUGCAAAUAAGGAUGAUGCAAAUGCAAAUGCUCGACUUUCUAAUGCUACAACGACUAUUACGACUCUUAAUAAACAGAUAGAGACUUAUAAAAUAUCAAAAGAAGUUCUUGAAGGGCAAAUCGCGUCACUUAAUAAGAAACUUUCGGAAGCUGAUGAUGAGCAGCACAAUGCUAUACAGAAAGCCGAGAAAUCAAUAGCGCAAGCUGAAAAAACCAUAUCCGGGCUUCGUAAUAAACUUGAUAUAAUUCAAAAAGAACAUGCUCAAGAAAAAGAUCAACUUAUCCACAGUCAUCAAAAUGCAAUUAAUUCUCUUAAAAAGCAAUAUGAAGAAGAUUUUGAAAAACUUUCCAAGACAAUGCAAAUGCGUAUAGAGUCCUUAGAAAAGCGACAGAUCAAUGAUGUUGGAAAAGUUGAUUCAAGCAAAUUAAUUGAUUUGGAAAGGAAACUUAAAGAAUUGGAGAAUACAUUGAAAGAAUCGCAAGUAGAUUGUGAUCGAAUAACAGAAAAACUUGCACUAGCACAAGAGGAUCUUAUGGAAGCAAUAAAUGAUAAACAACAAUUGUCACGUGAAAAACGAGAUGUUGACAAAAGGCUCAGGACUUUGGAAUCGCAAUAUCAAGAGGUCUUGCAAAAGAACAUGGACUUGACUAUUCAAUUGAGUUCGAAAUAA